CAGAAUGCUUAGUUGUAGGGGCUAUGAUACUACCAGUUUCCACUGGUGCUGGGCAAAGGUCUUUGUGGUCCAGCCUUGAGAAGGGAUUUUGAAGCCCUACACAGGCCAGCCGCAAUUAGCUUUGGUCAUCUGUAGGGGCGUAAGGCACACUUCAUCAGGGCUGGACUAGGGUAGGGCAAACAAGGCCCCAAAUUUCAGUAGGCCCUGACUCUCAAGGCUGACCGUGCACUUGGAAGACCCCAGAGUCCCUUAAAUUUAGGAUGGUAGGCCCCUCACUUGUCUCCCAGUACUCUCAGCCCUGCUCCCUGUCCAGGUUCCUUGAUCUUGCCUGUCUGCAGGACAAGGAAAGGCUUUAAGGUAAGCUUCCUUCACCUUUCAGUUUCCUCUGGGUUACGGUGGUGGGUGGUAUCUAACAAAAACUGCCAAGGCCCCCCUAACUUAGUGAGCAGAGUAGUGUCUGGAUCAGAAAGCAGCUCUCUCAGACCUUCAGUAUGGAGAGCCAGGUGGAAGCUUCUCACACGGAUAAGUGUUCCUUGGAACUCAGGGGGUUGUGCAGAGCUGUGUUAGAAGUGCAACUUGAAACUGUGGAUUAGGGGAGAUCCUUGAUUUAGAGCAACUGGACCACCUUUUAUAAUUUUGAUUUCUCAAAGAUGGCUCCUGAAGCCUUAAGUGAGGCCAUGACAGGAAUGUGGGGGAGGAAGCACAAGAAGAGAUGGUGACUCUGACCUGGGGUCUCCAAAUAUGAAACCAACCCCUGCUCUUCUCUGUGACCUUAGCCCUGGCUUCCUAAUAUCCAGCAUUGGGCCUGACAUGUCCCUGACCAGCCACAAAGGGUACUGAGGGCUGGCAAGACUUCUCUCAUCCCUGAUCCAGCUGAGUAUGGAAGGAUGGCAGAGGAUGGAGGGGACCGGAUUGCUGGGAGGAGCAAACUGGGGUGAGGUCCAGGAAAGUACCCUGAAUGGGUGGAUUUGUGAUUGGGAUUGACCCAGAGGGGUAAGAGGAAGGGGGAGAAAGAGACAGAUCAAAUGCCUUGGGAUGGGACUGACCCAAUGGAGAUGCAGAAGGGAUGAAGCAGGGUCUGGGGAAAAUGGAGCCAAAGGGAAGAGAGCCAGAGGGAGGGAGGGGCGAAGCGGAGGGGGCUGCGAGCGCGGGAAGGGGGCUGGGGCAGCGAACUGGAGGCGCUAGCCAGCAAGGAAGGUCCUAGCCCUCUCCCUGGGGGUGGUGAGGCCCUGGCCAUAAAAGGCCAGUCCCGGGGCCCUGCCCUCCCCAGCCGCGGGCAGGGGCCGCCGCAUCCCCAUGACUGGGCGCAGCGACAUGGACCCGCCCGCCGCUUUCUCGGGCUUCCCUGUCCUGCCCUCGGUCGCGCCGUCGGGGCCUCUCGCAGCGGCCGAGCCGGGCCAGGAGCAGGAGGAGGCGGCGGCGGCGGCGGCGGCGGGCAGCGGGGAGGCAGGCCCCAUCCCUGCGCCAGACCCAGGGCGGCGGCGGCGGCGGCCCCUGCAGCGCGGAAAACCGCCCUACUCCUACAUCGCGCUCAUCGCCAUGGCGCUGGCGCACGCCCCGGGCCGCCGCCUCACGCUGGCCGCCAUCUACCGCUUCAUCACCGAGCGCUUCGCCUUCUACCGCGACAGCCCGCGCAAGUGGCAGAACAGCAUCCGCCACAACCUCACGCUCAACGACUGCUUCGUCAAGGUGCCCCGCGAGCCGGGCAACCCAGGCAAGGGCAACUACUGGACGCUCGACCCCGCGGCCGCCGACAUGUUCGACAACGGCAGCUUCCUGCGGCGCCGCAAGCGCUUCAAGCGAGCCGAGCUGCCCGCGCACGCGGCCGCGCCCCCGGGGCCCCCGCCGCCCUUCCCCUACGCGCCCUACGCGCCCUACUCGCCCGCGCCCGGGCCCGGCCCCGCGCCACCCGCGCGCCUCUUUCGCGUUGACGGCCUGGUGAGCCUGCAGCCCGAGCUGGCGGCGCUGGCCGCGCCCGACGCCUUCCCGCCCUGCGCGGCAGCCGCCUCGCCGCCGCUCUACGUGCAGCCCCCCGACCGCCUGGGGCUCCCCGAGCUGCGCCCCGGCCCUGGUCAGCUGCCCGCCGAGCCUCUGCUGGCCUUGGUCGGACCCGCCGGCGCCGUGGGCCCACUCAGCCCGGGGGAGGCCUACCUGAGACAGCCAGGCUUCUCUCCGGGGCUGGGGCUGGAGCGCUACCUGUGAGAACCUUUCCCGUGGCCAGGAGCACCUGGGCGCCCCUCUCCCCCAGAACUGGAAGGCGGGCGGCCUUGGCACAGCACCGCGGGCCACACUUCUGAGUAUCCCCCCAUCACUUGCCUCCUGAACUGAGCACACCUCCUAAUGCCUUCACUGCCAACCCCCAUCUCGCCAUCCAACUGAAGCGUCCCUUCCAAUUUGUGAGCCCUUGGUUGUUUCUUCCUCUAACCGUGAUCCUUCACUCCCCCCCCCCCCGCCCCGC